AUGGGUGAUUUUGACCGCAUGUACCCGCAAGGGCUCUACAAUCUCUCCCCUGACCAGCAAGACCUUCUUAUGGCUGCUCUUUCGUCCAACACGCCAUCCAACAAACAAUCCAGCCACACCCCGCACCAAAACCCUGAGCACAGCCCCGAUCAGGCUUCUUCGAAUGGCAUGAGUGGUCCUCCCUCCGGGAACUUUGAAAAUCCACAGUCCCAUUUCAACGCUUUCGGCUACGGUGAUGAUGAGAGUCCAUUCCUCGAUUUCACACCAGAGGUAGAUUUCGAUUUCCCUGGUUCGGCCAAUCUGAUCGGGGAUCUGCCUGGAGAUCCCCCGUCCCACGAUCAUGAAUCGGGAGGCAAGCGCAAGUCAAUGGAUGGCAAGUCAGAGGUGGACGGCGAGGAAACGGGAAAGAAGCGCCGAGAGAGUGAGGCGAAGAAGCCAGGUCGCAAGCCACUAACCUCUGAACCAACCACUAAACGCAAGGCUCAAAAUCGCGCUGCCCAGCGGGCAUUCCGUGAACGCAAGGAAAAGCACUUGAAGGACUUGGAGAUCAAGAUGGAGGAUUUGCAGAAGUCCUCUGACUCGGCCAACAAGGAAAAUGGCGUCCUGCGUGCCCAAGUCGAGAGAUUGCAGACAGAGCUUCGCGAAUAUCGCAAGAGACUCUCAUGGAUGACCAGCGGAAACGGUCUGUCUGCCAUGAGCGCUAUUCCUAAUGCACACUCGCAGGGCGCCUAUGGUCUGCAGAAUAACGAAUUCUUGUUUGACUUCCCGAAGUUUGGUGAUUUGCCCGGCUCGCAUCUUUUCAAUGGACAGAAGAAAAAUGACUUGUCCAAGCCUAAAGACAUGCAGACUCGUGUGCCCGGUGUUUUGAGUCGGGAGAAUCUCCAUGGUCUAAUUGGCGCCCCCAUUGCGUCGCCCAAUUCGAACUCCAGCACCCCCACAGCGACUGCGGGCUCCCAGGCAAAUACUUCCAAGGGAACUCCCAACAGUAAUGCUUCUACUAAGGGUCCCUAUACCAUCAAAUCAUCAACCACAACAACCCACGAUAAGUCAUCAUCAGACUCUCCGUCAUCGUCAUCCGAUUCGCAUCACAGCCAGAUGCUCUCAUCGAGCGGAACCUCACCAGAACCGAGUUCGAACUCUCCGCCGGACACAAAGAACAAUGAGUCUGGCUGUAGUGUUCAUAACCCCAUUAAUGGUGAGGAAUCUUUCUGUGCCAAACUUGGCAUGGCCUGCGGCAACAUAAAUAACCCCAUCCCAGCUGUACGGGAACAACAGAACAAAUCAAGCAGUUUGUCUAACAUUCAGCAACCCGCCAUUGACGAGACUUUCGGUCUCGACUGGCUGGCUCACCAGAAUGGCGGUCAGUUCGACCCAACGCUCUUUGGAGACUGGCGGGAGCCGCAGGAUGCAGUGCUCUCUCAAGACUUUGGUACUUUCUUCGAUGAUGCCUUCCCCUUGCCAGACCUCGGCAGUCCGUCGCAUAAUCUCACAGAGGUGGCCACUCAGCCUCCUAAGAAGGAUUUGAUUUCUCAGAUCGACCGCAAGCUGGAGGAAGAGGUGGUUCCGGGCGAGGACAAGACACAGAUGCUGUCAUGCACAAAGAUUUGGGAUCGCCUUCAAUCUAUGGAGAAGUUCCGCAAUGGUGAAAUUGAUGUUGACAACCUCUGCACUGAGCUCCGUAACAAGGCUCGCUGUUCCGAGGGUGGUGUGGUCGUGAAUCAGAGGGAUGUUGAUGACAUCAUGGGCCGCACGAAGUAG